GAUAUUAUCUAAAGAAUUUUAGUAUCUGAAAUUUGUAAUAAUAUCAUAAAAGUCAUGUGACCAAAGUUUGGCCAAGAUGGCGACGAACAGGGCAAGUGUGAAGAUAGCCCCGGGUGCUGUGAUCUGUGAUGAGUGUGAGCUGGUCGGCGACAUCACUAUUGGAACAAGGACCGUGAUCCACCCAAAAGCUCGGAUCAUUGCGGAGGCUGGACCCAUUAUCAUUGGGGAGUUCAACAUUGUCGAGGAGCUGGUUGAGAUCAUCAACAGAUGUGAAGACAAGGAUCAAAACCAACAGGUGAUGAUCAUCGGGAACAAUAACGUGUUUGAAGUCAGCGCACAUGUUGAAUGUAUGAAAAUAGGAGAUCACAACAUUGUUGAGUCGAAAGCCAAGGUGGGCCGCCAGCUGGAGCUGACCUCAGGGUGCAUUAUCGGGGUCUUUGUCAAUGAAGACAGUUUAUUGACCAGUAACGAAAAGCUGCCGGAGAACCUUUUGACGGUCAUCCAUGGGUCGAAUUGUGAACGUAGGACACAGCGGGAACGGCCACCGGCCCAGACACUACAGAUUGACUUCCUAGCUAAAAUCCUGCCGAACUAUCACUACCUGAAAAAACCAGCCAAGAUGGGCACACCGCAACGCUGAGGUGAAUAUGACAUAGGUGGCCUGGCGUUAUUCCAAGAUACGUGACAAGCAUCGUGAAUCUCAGACACUUGUCAAUAUCAUUAUUUAUUGCCUAUUGUUCAUUUCACCUGUAUAAAGUGCAAUAUGUCUGCCAUUGUGUCCUGCAUCUGUUGCAGGUUAACUAUUGAAAUUCAAGCUUUAAUUCAACAGGAAAACUUGUCAUAGUUCUGUUUAAGCAUAUUAUGCAAAUGUACUUUCUUUAUCUUUGAUUUUUAUUUGUUUUGAUAUUAAUAUUACAGAUAGCUUAAUAUGCAUAUAUUCUUUUAAUUUUAGUUGAUUUAAUUUCAAAAUUUCUAAUUUCAAGUUCUGCCUCAUAGAUUGUAUGUUACAGAAGUAGUUGUUAAAUUUCAGGUUAUUGAAGCUACUUUUACUCACUUUUUUAUUGUGUCACUAGUGAAAAUUGUUUUCUUUGUGCUUGUCAAAAGAAAGGGAAGUAACUCAUGGGGGCGGUAAGGUGGAGUCAUACUGGACAAUUAGUUUCAAAUAUAUUUGGGGCCUGGUACAUUAAAGUAAACGAAUUAAAAGGUAAAACUCAUCAGGUGAUCACAAAUCAUAAAAUAGAUGCCUCCACACUUGAACACCAAAGGAUUUAUAGGGUUGGUGCCCCAGCUCUUCGAUCAAGGAUUUCUCUUUCCAGGUUUAUGACUUAUUAGUAAGUCAGUGCUAAUGGCCAAGGGGUUGGGAAUAUCUGUUUCAUUCAACAAUAAAACAUAUACAUCAAAA